ACACAGUAAAGAACACUGAAGUAAUACAAACAUUCUUAAUACUGUUGAUGACUGAUACAAUUUCCGUUAUUACUAGUGCUUGAAUUGUUCAGUAUGUAAUGUAGUCAAGAGACUGCAUUUUAUUUAAAUUUCAAUAUUUUAUAGGAAAAUGAGGUCAAGACAGCUCAAAUUGAUUUCAUUUCCAUUACAAUUUAUUCCCCCAAAAGAUCUUGAAGAAUGAUUAUUUAUUUCUUAAUGCGGUUUUUGUCUUUUUUAAGACAUUUGACCCGGUCAGGAAUCGAACUCACGACCUCUCUCACACUCAAGUCAAUUUACAUACAUUGAUGUGCUCCACAGGAUACAUGUACAUGUAAACGUACAGUAAAGUUGAAAGUUUACGAAAUCUAAAAACCUGUGUUAUAACUGUAUAUUAGCUUUUAUUUGGGCAUGGAAUUAGAACUAGAUACUAGAAUUGUAUAAUCUGUACAACCAUCACUGCACUAAUAUAUGUCAGAUUGCAUUUAUAUGUAUGAGUCAUGUGAUAGCAAUAUAUUUUUGCACUUUAACACCGUGGCUCACAUAUAUAUGUAUUUCUUAAUGUAUAACAUAUAACAACAUAAAACAUAUUUAAUCAAUGUGUAUUACGUCUUUCUUUAAAAUUCAUGAUUAUUGAUGUUUUCCAAUCUUCGUCUGUUUUAUUAAGACAUUAACCCACAAAUGUAUAAUUCUUCAGUUGAAUUAAAUUGUUUUUUCUUUUAGUAGAUUCAUCAACAUAACUACUUGCGAUGAGUGACAGUACGAAAGAAAAUGACCACGAAAACAAUCAUUUGCGGAUAGCAAAUUUAGUAUUUAAAAUAGCUCCACCAGCAGUGAGGGUAUACUUCGACAAGCAAUUUAAUCCUGGAGGUCUUCAAGCUGUUUUAAAUCAGAACAGAUUUAAAACAUUAAAAUCUCUGAAAUCAAAGCGGAUAAUAAAUCAAACUCAAUGGGACUUAUUAUUUCCUUCAGUCGGUGCUGCAUCAUCGCUAUCAUUCGAUUUAACUCUAAUGAUUUGUUUACUACGGAAUUUGGCUAACAUCAAAGUAGAAGACAAUUUACCCCCUGAUACAGAUGACAGUAUCGAAGCCGAUUUGACAAGAACUAAGUAUUAUCGGAACAAAAUUGCCCAUUCCGAUCAUAAAACAAUGACAGAAGAAGAAUUCAAUAUGCAAUGGGACGCAAUUAGCAAGGCGAUUAUAAGACUUGGAGGCGAGAGUUUUAAAGCGAUAUGCCAUGACCUUCAAAAUUACAAGCUUGAUAAGGAAAUAUUGGUAGAAAUCAAGAAUUUAAAUGUAACUAGAAAUCCAGUACCGAAAGGACUGCAAGAUGUUCAUGAUGAAAAAAUUAAAGAAUGGAGAGACGAAGUUAAAGAUAUAGUUGAAACAACAGCUAUUAAAGCAUUGGAAGACAUGACUGCUACGAAAAACGUCAUUUUUGUUAUUGGCCCAUCAGGAUGCGGGAAGACUACAUCUGUCCACUACGUAGCCUUAACAUUACAUGAUCAACAGGACUAUGAUAUAAUACCGGCCUAUUUUCCAACUGAUAUAACACAAUAUUAUAACCCAUAUAGCCAUCAGAUAUUUGUUUUUGAUGAUUUGUGUGGCAAAUAUUCUAUAGACGUGCAAUCGCUAGACACGUGGAAUAGACUUUCGGGUGAUAUACAUAAGAUCCUGGUGCAGAACAAAAUAAAACUUUUCAUGACAUGUCGAUCACAUAUUUUCAAUGAUAAAAAAUUUCAGAGAUUUACAGUAUCCGCAGAAAGUAUAGAUUUGAUAAAUGCUAAGUAUGCCUUGUCUGACGAAGAAAGAUAUCUUAUUGCUGAAAAAUAUCUAUCUUCUGAGCAAAUUCAAACGUUAAAAAGACAUAAAAAUCUCAUACAGUUCGACUGCUUCCCACUCUUAUGUCGGAUUUUUCUUUCUAAAAGUACCUGUGACAUAGUGAAGUUCUUUUCUAGUCCGGUAGAAAUUAUCAAAGAUGAUUUACUGUCCCUCAUGAAAGAAAAUGACCAGACAGCCAUCGCAACACUAUCUCUGUUUGUUUUAUACAAUAACUGUAUCACAGAGGAAGACCUGUCUCAUCGUAAUAAAGCAAUGAAAGAUAUUUUGAAUCAUCUUUCUGAUAUAUAUAUAACAUCCCAGCAUUUGUCCUUUGCAGUUGUGAGGAAUCAGAUUGAGAGUCUCAGGAACUCGUAUGUAAAGAAAACCAGACAUAAAUAUCGUGUUAUUCAUGAUAAAUUAUUUGAUAUUUUGUCAUCGUUUUGUGGAGAGCAUAUGGAAGACCUUCUUCUAGACUUCUGUCCACCCGAAUUUAUUCGUGAUCGAUUUCAAUUUGAAUCCAUAGAAGAAGAGAUGGAUGAAUGUAUCAUUAAGGUUGAUAAGAACCGAGAAGAUCAAUAUUUUGAUCGUCUUUAUAAAGAUAUAGUCAGUGGAUUUGGAUGCAAUGUUUUUACAAAUAGACAGUUGCAAUUUGAAUCAUUCCGUUGCAAGUUUGUAGAAAACAUACAGCGACGAAUAAACUUAAAAGAAACAUCAAUUUUAUUUUCAGGAGAAUCUCCGUUUCUAGACGUUGUGAAGAAAGGACACUACGAUAUCGCUGAAAUGCUUUUAAAAUUCAACAUUGACGUAAACGUCCGUGAUAAAAUGGGUAGAACGCCUCUCUACUUAGCUGUAGAAGAGGGUCAUACAAACAUGGUGAAAUUGUUAGUUGCUCAUGAUUGUGACCCGCAUAUAUAUCGGAAGGAUUAUUGGCACAAAGGAGAGACAGCCAUCUAUAUUGCUUCAUCAAAAGGAUAUCUCGAUAUUGUGAAGAUGCUAUUCAAAACAAAGCAGGAUUGCUACAGAUGUAGGCAGGACGACUUUUUUGCAGGCAGAACUCCACUGCACGAGGCAGCAAACAACAACCACUUAGAAAUUGUUAAUUUUUUCAUGAACCAAACAUGUGAUCCUAACAUCAUAAAUGAAAAUAACGAAUCACCAUUAUGGCUCGCUUCGAGAGAAGGUCAUUUCGAUAUGGUCAAUACAUUGUUAAAUUAUAAGGCCAACCCUAAUUUGCAUACAAAGAAGAAUGGAACGCCACUUUCAAUAGCUUCUUGGUAUGGUUGGAAGAAUAUUGUGCAAAUAUUGCUACAAAAUAAAGCAGAUGCUAAUAUUGUAAAUUCUAAAAAGUGUUCACCAUUAUUCUAUGCUGCCCGGGAGGGUCAAGCGGAAAUUGUUAAACAUUUACUGACAAAUGGAGCGAAUGUUAAUGCUUUAACACAAUAUCUUAAAUCACCACUGUUCAUUGCUGCACAUCAAGGUAAAUUUACAGUUGUUGAAUUUCUCAUAGCAAAUAAAGGUGACGUAAACAUUUGUAAUGAUGAUAACGAAUCGCCUUUAUUUGCAGCUGCAAAAAGGGGCAAAGUUGAAAUUGUAAAACUGCUAUUACGUAAUGGUGCAAAACCGAACAUUCGAACAACAUACAACAGUACCGCAUUGUGUAUCGCUCGCGAGAAAAGGCACAAUGAAAUAGUUGAAAUUCUUAGCAGUUAUCUAUCAUGCUCACAGAGGGAGCAGUUGGCGCAUAAUAUCGAAGGGCAAACAAGUUCAACAGGUACAGCGCUUACAAGACAUACUUACAGUUCUCGAAGAACUACAAAUAUAAACAUCCCUAGACAAUCGUGCUGCUCUAUUACGUGAACAUUAUUUAAAAUAUUAUUGGCUUCUUCAUCGCAGUUUAAAGUGAAUUUGACAUUUUGUAUUAAAGCUACAAACUCCAAAGACAGUCUCCUGGUUCGAAAUGAUAAUUUUGUUUAGCUAUAUCAUAUCUACUUUUCUUACUUAUAAUAAAAUAUAAAAUAUAAUGGGGAAGCAUUUAAAGAGUAUUCGUGGAUCCCUUUUUUGUAUCAAAAUGAUUGAAUGUUGAUUCGUAUAUCACCUCAAAUUACGACUAUCCUCUCAUUUUUAAUAUCAACGGUACACAAUGUACCGAGUUUGAUGCUUUAGACAAACAUUUUGCUAAAUGCAACGCAAAAUCUAUUCAGUUACAAUGUAUCAUAAAAAAAUAAACACUUUGAAAUCUUAAACCGAUGCUUAAAACGUAGUAAUUGGGUUUGUGCAUAGAUACAUUUGGAUAUAAUUACUCAAAUUACAUUCUA